UGUUUAGUGAUUGUCUAGCAUUUCUCAAGGUCACUUUAGAUUCGUUCAAAGGUCGUCCGAACAUUAUAGCCUCGCCGAUUUCUGAAAAAAAGUAGAAAAUGAAGACGGAAAUCUAUCCUCGCAAGCGAUUAUGUACGUACGUAACAUAAAAUCAUUGCAUAUACUAUGAACGAAUUAACUGACGUUAGUUCUCAAAAUAACCUACAUGCGACAUAAGAUGUGUAAGGGUUUAACUGAGAAAUAGAAACAGGUCAUGUAUACUUUGUACAGUAAUUUAUCAUUUAAAAUACAACCACAAGUGCUUUAUGGAACAUUUAAGAUAGUUUAUACUACUUUUGGUUAAUUUUUGUCUACUCUGUCUUACAUCAUGUAAGUAUGGUAUAUUGAAUCCGUCUUCUUUAUUUUAUCACUCUCACCAAAUGAAUAACUAGUCGAGAACUUAAAACAUAUGAUCAAUGAUGUUACCCACUACAAAUCCUUCCGUAAAAUAGGUAAUUACUAAUACCGAUAUUGCUUCUUGUUCCAUCCUAUGUAUAUUGAAUGGUUAUUUGCUGUGACAAAAUUCAGGCCAACAAUAGUUCAGUUUUGCAAGUAUAUGCUCCAUGUUCUCUUCUUGACACAGGUCUCCAACCUGUGUAGUCUGUUAGAUUGUUCAUUCAUGUCCAACAUUACUUUAGUGAUCGUCUGCAUCACAAAUAUAAUACAAGUAUAAAAAUAAAUGUUGAUGUAGCCUUAUUAUUAUUUAUUUAUUAAACAUAAAUGUUGGUACAAGGAAGCACCACCUGUGAUCGACGAUUGAUUCAUACGCCAUUUGUUCACUCAGGAUAAUGGAGCCCAUGUGCACCAUUGGUUUGGAAUAAAGGUUUUCCAACUCCCCUAGGUGGACUCGCCGUGUCCACCAAACCGGUUAAAGCGCCAGGCAUUCGCUUUUCGUCCCCUCAAUUUCUUAAACAACACCCCCGCUACAAGAAGGCAGUGAGUAGGACUUCCAUGGCGGAGGCUAUAUACGCGUGGCCAUGUGAGAGCAUUUCGGGAGGGAGAGCGGACUCUCCCCACUCUCGGCCGUACCUGGGCAUCGAUGUAGCCUACUCAUUUGACACAGCCUAUAUUGUGUUUGACUGUAGAUUUGAUGGGCUAAGCGGUGAUACGAUUUCAGUUUUGGAAAGACUGAAUACUAAUGACUUACUUAAUAUAUACCUAGUCAACGAUAGGUAAGUUGUGUGUGUAAAUAUUGACGUUCGGAUACUGGACUGGAUUGCAACGAAGGUCUUUUUCUAUAGCUUCUAAUUCCUCGGAGUUUUAUACGUGACCGAUCUCUAUUUUCCUCGGUUCUCUUGCAAUUUUUUUAUUGGAUGCAACUACGAGUGUACCCACUUAGUCUCUUUGAAUGAUACGAUAAUGUGUCGUCCUGGUCCAUAUUUUUUGUAAGAUAAUUAAACAGAUUUCCGAAUAAUGAUUCCAGGUAAAGGCCUACCUGAAAGUCUCCUGUAGCAAAAUUGUGUAAUCAUACAUAGAUACAAUAAUGCGAUUAUUCCAUUUAGCACACUAGACUUCUGCAUCAAUAAGGCCAAUUAUUUGUUUAUGUGUUUUAUCCCUUUUUCUCAACCGUGGGAAACCUUUAUCCUGAGGGAAUAGAUAGUGUAUGAACCAAUUAUUGACCACCGGCUACCAUGGGACUGCAUCUCCUUACGUUGCUCCACUGCCUUGUAGUUCGGACUUUUAGGUCGAGGGCUCCGGGUGUGGCCCCUUAAGAAAACCACUUAAUUCGGUCUGGGCACCCGGGCAGUAUUACAGCCCCUUUGUACCAAUAUUUGUGUUCAAAUAAAUAAUAAUAAAUUAAUUAACACCUCGCGGAUUUUCGUCUUUGGCGAUAAGGCCCUUUGAAGCACCAAGCUAACUUAUCUGAAACUUCUCACGGAAAGUCUGUACGCAACUAGCUAUAAACCAUCAGCUAGUCUCAACGUAGAGCCUUUGUGCGUAGAUACAUUGGUUCAUGUUGUCAUGUCCCAUUAGCACAGCGAGGUGAAAUUGUCAGGGGAAAUCCCAGAGCAAUAGAGGUAGUAACACUAUUAGUGGUAAUAUAAAAGAUUAGGCAUCAAAGCUUCGAUUGAAUAAAAUAUAAAUUAGGGAUUCAAAAGCUUAGAAUCUGGAGGAAGUCAGCAUAAAUGUACCUGCGCCAUUGCAAACGAUUUUGAGUCAUGCCAUUCAAAGUCUCUAACCACUAGUUACAAUAAUAGGGCGAACUCCAAUCAGAUAGUCUACAUCUGUUAAUAUAGCUCAGUCCAGUUGUCAAUGAAUAUGUGGAAUGGUGCUAUGUUUUGGUUUGCCGCCCCUAUCAUUCUUUCAGCCUACUUUCAUGCCGCGGUAGGUGGUGUGCGUGUAUGUGUCAUAUCCAAACCACCUCAUUUAAUUAAAAAAUAUACUCCCUGAUUAAUUGACUGGUCAUCUUUACCUAGUGCGUCCUAUUCCUAAACCGAGCAUUGCUUACUCAGUGGUCCCAAAAUGCACGAGAAAUGGUUCAAAGAUACCUAUCGUGGAAUACUAGUAACCUAGAGACACCUACUCUUAGUGGCCAUGUUUCACACCCAUAGAGCUGAAAGAACUACCUUCAACUACCUGCAUGUAUGUUUAAUCUUGUCACGAUUGCUACUUCUGAGCGUUCGGCUUUUUGUAGUAAAGGGGGAAAUCUUUCUGUAAAACUCGUCCUUUACUUCACUCGAACUGCAGUCAUUGAGAGCGUGGGCAGAUACGACGAUGAGGCAACAGCGUGUGUCCUUAUCUUUCCGUGUUCUUAUUUCCCUGUUUAGUCUGACGAGCGAUUGUCUAAUGGAAUCCAGUCUAUGAGAGCCUGUUCCGCUUUUGAACUUAGUGCUAUACUUAUACCAGUGAGGUCACGAGGGGUUGUAGUCGAAAUCCCCAGAUACAUCUAGGGCAAAUCGUCCCGGUUCUCCGUAUCAACUGUCCGAUGUCAAGUGGAUGACCACACCUUGAUCUUGUGUUUGUGUUUUGGAGAUACAGCACACACUGACUGUGCUGGAUACUACAAUCCUAUACUAGCUACGUAAGCUUUUUGGCUUGUUUGACAUACGGUCCGAAAGUCGAAUGUUAUCAAGGGACCAGGAGUAACAUUUUAUGGACUCUAAUAGUUAGCAUAAAUGGUGCAUGGGUGAAGGGUUAGUGGUGGAAGUUGAAAAAAAUACCAACUGAUGAAGAAACUUGAUAAUGGACAAGAGGAUCUCUAGUACUGUUGCAGGUAUUGGGGCAGUUGUCACUUGGAAAUCAGUGUCAUCUUAUUCAUUCACAGUACGUACUGUGGUUCUAUGUUCUGCGUAUACAAUCCCUUGCUAUCAUUGAUUCACGUCUUAAUUUUCUACUUUUGUUUCAGAAUACCAUAGACAUAACUGAAUCGAAUUAAUAUUAAUUCGGCAGAUAAAUCUUAUUCACCGUUUUCGUUUCGGAACUGAUAUUUGUACAUAUCCAUAAAGGUUUUUUUACUGUAAAUUUCAUUUUGCUUUAAUAAACAUUGUAAUUGGUAAUACGUCUGUCUUUUCAAUGGGGCUGCCCCAAUAUUAAUCCGAAAUUUUGUCUGUUAUGUCUCGAUGUUUGGAGUUAAGGUCUGUGUUUAAAUAUGUUAGUUAUUAGUCUUAAAAAUAAUUUUAGUGCAUGCGUACAAAAUGAAACAAAUGUUUGAUUUAUAUUGUGUUGAAAUUAAUCAUAUUUGUUUGGUGUUAGGCAUCGUCACCGUAUAAGCUAGGGAGCGACAUUCCCUACAAGAUCACAGGUAUAUCUUGUUGACGAGUUUUCAAUUGCACAGAACCUAGGUUCAGGGUUCCCUAUCGACUACCUCCAACCACCACCUUACAUCUUAACAUGGUGCCCAUGGUGUCGAAUCACCUAGACUAGUGGGUACAUUGCUACUCAAUUGAUAGAACUCGGUCUGCACUAAGGAUCUGACAUACACGAUGUUGGUCACUACCCAGUAACCAGUCAGUUGUAAAUACACGUCAGUCCUGCCGGAGGUCAGUCGCGGUCCGAACAGCUCAGUGGUAAUAUCUCUGACAUUCAAAGUUAUAUCAUCUCGAGUGACAGUGAUGUUUACACCACCGAGCAGUUAAUCUGCAACUGACAGACGUACAAGUUCCUGUUGUAGUGGAUUAGUAGGUGGAUAUUUUCCAUCUAAGCUUAUUAAACAAGAAUACGCUUCACAUGAACUGACUGUUUACAGUAAGGUCUAUAGUCCUAAUAGUUAGGGCGAUAUCUGCUGGACAUAAAGCAAGGGUUCCUCCUGGUUUUGAUUUCAAAUGUAUUGCAUACUGUUCAGCGGUUGGCUCUUCCUUGUUUCGUGGAUAUAAAAAGUAGCUACCAAAUUCGGACAACUGAUUACCAUUCAUAUCCAAGUAUCAAUCACUUAGUUGUGAACAAAAUAUGCCAUCUGAAGGGUGGAAGUUAUGUGACAAUAGAUUAAUACGCUUGAAAUUAAGUAAGAUUCAUGAUCUCUAAGAUUUUGGCAUUUAUUGUUGUUGAAAAUAUUCGAUUAUACGGAAUUGCUUUGUGUGUAUAGUUUAGCAACAAACGUUUCUAUUGUAAGAUUAAUUUGUUUAUUUAGCUAUCAGAGGAAAAAAGUAAAGUAAUUCUACGUGCUGGAACCGAAAAACCAUGUGAACAUGAUCGGGUCGUUGUCGACGUCUCACUUGUUGUUGAUACCAAAGUGAUUCUUCAGAACCAGAAUAUUACUUUUGAUGUGGGGCAUGCAGAGGAUUUUGGAGUUAUAAAAGUUGUGGAUAAUAUAGUCCAAGAAAUGGGUUGCGGGGAACAGUGUGAAGUGAGUCUUACAUCCGACUACGCCUUCACAGAUUUGGAGAGGACAUUUUUGAAAAUCAAUGAUGCAUGUUUUCACAAACUAUUGUUUAAGAUAUAUCUCCAAGACGUCAAAAAGCUUGCAGAGUUUUGGCAAAUGUCUGAAAGUGAAAAGUUUAUUGUUGCUGAUGUGAUGAAAUGUCGUGGUAAUAAGCUUCUAAAUACUGGAUUAUUGGUUCGUGCAUUCAAAUGCUACAGAAAAGCUAUUAGAAUCUUAGAGGGAAGCACCAGUGUGACUGACCUUAACUAUACCGACCCAACGAUGCCAGAUUAUCAGCUGUCGAAACCUAGCCCACGUCAGUUAUUGGCUAUUUGCCUAUCGAAUGCAGCUCACUGCCUUUUUAAAUUUGGGACAACAAGUACUAUUAAUCCAAAGAAGUCUCGAUUUGAUUACCUUUCCGCAUGCAUCAAAUGCUGUGAGCGAGCAGUCAGUCUUGAACCAAACUAUAUAAAGGCUUGGUUCCGGAUAGCGAAAGUUCAUGCUUUAUUAGGGAACUAUGAAGAAGCGCUUACAGCUGGACAAAAGUGUCUUACAUGUUCUAUCGAUAAAAACACAUAUGACUCUAAAUGGAUUAGCGUGGAUGAACGCACAAAAGUGGAUAUCAGCAACAAACUAAAGAAACUGCUAUCAGAUUGGCGCGCUUCAUUAGAUAGUGAAGAAAAAAUCGAAAGAUCGAUUAUUCGGAACCGAACAAUUAAAAAGUACUCAUCUUAUGGAGAUUGGUGCUAUGAUGAACUGGAUGAAAUAGAAAAAUUGCCUAUUUCAGUAUGGUCGAAUGAUUUAGCAGAGAAUAUGAUGUCUCUUCAUGAAGAGCUUGAAGCGUUUGGAGAGAAAAUGCCUGAAUUUGAGGCUAGCCGAACAAGGGGUAAAGGUCGAUUAACAACAAUUCAAGAUGAAGACACUGAUGAAGACAGUUUCCAAGAAAAUAUGGCUUAAGCACCAAGACAAUUUGAUGUCUUUUUAUAGGGAAAACAAAUCUAACAUUCACACAAACUAUAUAAUAUACAUUCAUAAAAUAUUAAUUUUGUACAGAAAUUAGUAAAUAAAAUUAUUACACAUU